AUGGCUGAUUAUCUUGCGUCGAUAUUUGGUACAGAAAAAGAUAAAGUCAACUGUUCGUUUUUCUUCAAAAUUGGUGCCUGUCGACAUGGUGAACAUUGUUCGAAAUUGCACAAUAAACCGACGUUUAGUCAGACGAUUUUAUUGAAAAAUCUCUAUUUGAGCUUGGAGAAUAGUUCGCAAAAGGCGGAUAAAUCUUUUAUUGCCGAUGAUAUUACAGAAGAACGAAUCCAAGAGCAUUUUGAUGAUACAUUCGAAGAAUUAUUUGUUGAAUUAGAAAACAAAUAUGGAGAAAUUGAAGAAAUGAAUAUUUGUGAUAAUUUAUCUGAACACUUAGCUGGAAACUGUUACGCGAAAUUUCGUUACGAAGAAGAUGCAGAAAAGGCAGUUGUUGAUCUUAACAAUCGAUGGUUUGAUGGACGUGCUAUCUAUGCCGAAUUAAGUCCAGUAACAGAUUUUCACGAAGCUUGUUGUCGGCAAUAUCAAAUGGGAGAUUGUCCUCGAGGUGGAUUCUGUAAUUUUAUGCAUUUGAAACCCAUUUCAAAAGAUCUGCGUAAACGGCUGUAUCAACGACGUCAGAAGAGACUUCAAUCUCCGUCACACGAUUACGACCGUCGACAUUUUUAG